AGAAGUCCCAAAAAUAGUAGUCAAAGGCUGUUACUCACUCCAAAGUGAGCUAUGGUUUUUCUAAGGCAAUUACUUGCUUUCACUCUCUCUUCUUUUCUUCUAACUUGGCUUCUAUGUUUAGCCGUGGAAGCCAACUAUUCUUCUUCCAAAAUUGGUCAAGGUUACCGUUUGAUAUCCAUAGAAGAAACCCCAGAUGGUGCAGUUGUGGGAAUCCUCCAAGUUAAGGAGAAGAACAAUAUUUAUGGCGUGGACAUUCCUCUUUUAAGCUUCUAUGUCAAGCACGAGACUGAGAGUCGUUUGAGGGUACACAUAACUGAUGCAAAGAAGCAAAGGUGGGAGGUUCCCUACAAUCUUUUGCCAAGGGAGCAACCACCACCUCUUAAGUUGAACAUUAAGAGGUUGAAGAAGAAUUCAUUAUCAGUGUCAGAGUACUCAAGCUCUGAGCUUGUUUUCAGUUACACUUCUGAUCCAUUUAGCUUUGCAGUGAAAAGGAAGUCCAAUGGUGAUACUCUUUUUGACUCCAAUUAUUCUAAUGAGUCAGACUCAUUUCGUCCUUUAGUCUUCAAAGACCAAUACUUAGAAAUUUCUACCAAAUUGCCCAAAAAUGCUUCUUUGUAUGGUUUAGGAGAGAACACACAACCAAAUGGAAUGAAGUUACAUCCAAAUGAUCCUUACACUUUGUAUACAACUGAUAUAUCAGCUAUUAACCUCAAUUCUGAUUUAUAUGGAUCACAUCCUGUAUACAUGGAUCUCAGAAAUUAUGGUGGAAAACCUUAUGCACAUGGUGUUCUUUUGUUGAAUAGCAAUGGAAUGGAUGUGUUUUACAAAGGGAACUCUUUGACAUACAAGAUUAUUGGAGGAAUACUUGAUUUUUACUUCUUUGCAGGACCUACGCCUCUGAAUGUUGUUGAUCAGUACACAUCCUUCAUUGGAAGACCAGCUCCAAUGCCUUAUUGGGCUUUUGGAUUCCACCAAUGCAGAUGGGGUUAUCACAACCUAUCUGUUAUUGAAGAUGUUGUUGAGAAUUACAAGAAAGCUAAAAUUCCACUUGAUGUGAUAUGGAAUGAUGAUGAUCACAUGGAUGGACACAAGGACUUUACAGUCAAUCCAGUUAACUACCCACUUCCAAAGCUUUUAAACUUUUUGGACAGAAUACACAGCAUUGGCAUGAAAUACAUUGUGAUUAAUGAUCCUGGAAUUGCUGUUAACACCAAAUAUGGUGUAUACCAAAGGGGUAUGGCUAAUGAUGUUUUUAUCAAGUAUGAAGGUGAACCAUUCAUGGCUAUGGUUUGGCCAGGGGCUGUUUACUUUCCUGAUUUUCUCAAUCCUAAAACAGUUUCUUGGUGGGCCGAUGAAAUUCGCCGCUUCCAUGAACUUGUUCCUAUUGAUGGAUUAUGGAUUGACAUGAAUGAAGUUUCAAAUUUUUGCACCGGAAAGUGUACUAUUCCAAAGGAAAGAUUUUGUCCACUCCAGGGAGAAAAAUUACCAAAUUCAACAUGUUGCUUAGAUUGUACAAACAUCACAAGCACAAGAUGGGAUGAUCCUCCUUACAAAAUCAAUGCUUCAGGAAACGAGAUUCCAAUAGGGUACAAAACUAUAGCCACUAGUGCAGUUCAUUAUAAUGGUGUGUUGGAAUAUGAUGCUCAUAGUCUUUUUGGUUUCUCUGAAGCCAUUGCAACACACAAGGCACUUUCCGAACUUCAAGGUAAAAGACCAUUCGUUUUGUCUCGUUCGACUUAUGUAGGAUCAGGCAAAUAUGCUGCUCAUUGGACAGGUGACAACAAAGGAACAUGGGAGGAUUUAAGAUAUACUAUAUCUACCAUCCUCAACUUUGGAAUAUUUGGCAUGCCAAUGGUUGGGGCAGAUAUAUGUGGUUUCUAUCCAUCUUUCUAUCCAACUUUAAGAUACCCUAUAUCUACUGAAGAGCUUUGUAAUAGGUGGAUUGAAGUUGGUGCUUUCUAUCCUUUCUCGAGGGAUCAUUCAAGUGUCAUUUCCCCUAGACAAGAACUUUACCAAUGGGAGUCAGUAGCUGAAUCAGCUAGAAAUGCCUUGGGGAUGAGGUAUAAGCUUCUACCCUAUUUUUACACAAUAAACUACGAGGCUCAUAUUAGUGGAGCUCCAAUUGCUAGGCCUCUUUUCUUCUCAUUUCCAAAUUAUAUUGAAUGUUAUGGCCUCAGCACUCAGUUCUUACUUGGGAGCAGUUUAAUGAUUUCUCCUGUUCUUGAGCCAGGGAAAACAGAAGUUAAAGCACUUUUUCCUCCUGGAACAUGGUACAGUUUAUUUGAUUUGACACAAGUCAUUGUUUCAAAAGACGGAAACUAUGUGACUCUUGAUGCACCCUUGCAUGUUGUCAAUGUGCAUUUAUAUCAGAAUACUAUUCUUCCUAUGCAACAAGGUGGUAUGGUAUCUAAGGAUGCUAGAAUGACACCUUUUAGCCUCAUUGUGACCUUUCCAGCAGGUGCAAAUGAAGGAGAAGCUAAAGGGAACUUGUUCCUUGAUGAUGAUGAGAUGCCAGAAAUGAAGGUAGGAAAUGGCUAUUCAACCUACAUUGAUUUCCAUGCAAGUGUGAAAGAAGGAACUGUGAAAAUUUGGUCACAAGUUCAAGAGGGUAAGUUUGUUUUGGAUAAAGGUUUAGUUAUUGACACAAUAAAUGUGUUGGGAUUGAAUUAUGGAAGUGGAACAUUAGUUAGUAUUGAGAUAGAUGGGGAACCAUCAAUUGGUGUCUCAUAUGUGAAAGUUAGUACAUCUGAACAUAAGUACUUGUUCAAGCAAGGAGAUGAAGAAAAGAAGACAGUAAUGGUUGGAAUCAAGGGCUUGAAUAUCCCUGUAGGAAAAAGAUUUGCUCUUACUUGGAAGAUGGGAUCAUAAGUUUAGACUAUCUCAUCUUUAUUAUAUCUCAAUGCUAGACUUAAAUUUCUAUGCCCCUAUUGUUGUCUUUUUUUUUACAAGGCCUAUUAUUGUCCUAUCUUCGUGUAAUAAAGCAAGAAUUAUUUUGAAUAACAUUGAGUUUUUUUAAAAAAAAUACAUUUUAUUUGUGACUUA